UUGUGUAAAGAUGGGUUCGCUAGGUAUAUUGCCACGAUGUCUGCUUUUAUUCGUUGUAGUUAUUAUAAACGCAAAGCCAGGCUUCUUCCAAGAUACUCGCGAAGAAGAAAUUGAUAAAUUUUAUGAACAACAUCAUAUGGUAUUUGUUGGUGCCUCAGACACUAAGAAGCACGAACAACAAACACUUGGAGAGUUUAAAGCUAUCAACGGAAUUCUCUACCGGUCAGAAAGGCAAAGGCAAAUGCGUUACUUCGCAGAAUUUAUUACCUUUGGGCUCAUGGGAAGUCGAGCAGACAUUGAAGAAAAGAAAUCAUUCCAGGCCAGCCCUACACCUGCACCGGAAGUAGCUGCACCGGAAGCACCUGCACCGGAACUCACAAAGAAUCUCGAGGCCGCUCUUGCUCUUGCGAAACGAAAGUUUGUGGAGARAAAAACAACAAGAAUAAGAACUCUCAUCUUGUUCACCAAUUACAUUAACACUCCUGAAGAUGUUUAUGUUCUAAGCCAUGUACUUCCUAUGACUGAAGACCUGAAAAAGAACGAUUUUGUCCACAUCAUGGUUGUACCAAUGUCUAGAAAAGCGCACUUCAAAGAACUGAGGGCUGUUGCUUCGUCCAAGGAAGAUGUACUGACAACUAGUGACGCGGCCACAGUUGUCGCGAGAAUACAAAAUUCUGCGGAAAAGGCGGUCCCGAAACCAUCAAUACCAACAAAAAUACUGCCAUAUCCUUGUCCAGCACCAUCGGCAACUUGUCCACCAGAUGAGAAACCUUGUAAGCCAACUUAUCCAUGCCCAAGGCCUUGCCCACCGUGUCAAAAUCCACCUUGUUCACCAUGUCCAGCACCUUGCCCGUGUACAAGGCCACCAUGUCCAAAUGUCCAGCCUUGUAGACCAAAACCAGGAAUAUGUCCAAAAGCACCAUACAUGAAAGUCGGUUGUUAUAAACUUCCUGAGGACAAGCACUACAACAUAAUUUGGAUAACACCCGGCGUGGCUCCCAAGCAUAUGCCAAACUGGGAGAARUACUUAAGCACUUURGUGUGUCAGUGUUCUAAAUCGGCAAAAAGGAGAGGGCUCACYUAUUUUGGAGUGAAGUAUUUCAAGCCAAAAGGAGGAUUGUUCUAUAGGGGUGCUUGUUUUACCACUUCUACGGAAAACGUAAACAAGUAUACACACUUGCUAAGGGCCGCCUACAGAGGAUGUAUUGACUCUACUACAGGAGUUUGUAAUCUUAAAGACAGAAAAGAUUGUAUUGGGAAAAGCAACACAAUCUUCGGGUACAGACGUACAGAUGACAACGAAGAAGUUGAAGAAGAACCCGAGGAUCCUGCAGAGAUGGAUGAACAGCAGGAAGUUACAGACGGGGGUGAUUCUGAAGGCAGUGAUGACAACGUCGGAAWGAAUAAUGGCACUAUUGCCACAGUUACGACAGGCAAUGCUUACAACGCUAGUGUAGUACUAUGAUGGCAAAAUAAUUAACAACGUCCUUAGAAAUAUAAUAAAUGAUAAACCUCUGAUAAUCCAUAA